UCCAUGUCCCAGCAUCACUCGCAUGUCCAAAGUGAUAUGUAUAGAUCUUAUCCGAUGGACCGACCACGCAACGCGGGGUGCUUCCGCCUGUACCUUUUUCUAGAUCUCCACCGCGGGGAAGUAUGGAAUCGCAUCAUCGUCAUCGUCAUGGCGAGUAUUCGAGGCACAAGGAGGGAAGGUUCUCAUUAGGUAAAGAGAACGAGGUGGCCAGAAUUACAGACAACAAGCGCUUGGAGAUAAUUACAAACCCUGACACUCGUCUGAGGACUUUGAUUAAGUAUAGUUCAAGAGUUCCAUCUUUCGAGCAAUAAGUCCUUACGAACUGCUUGUCGAAUUCUCUGAUCCUACAAUAUCUCAAGCCUCAUCACCAUCACCAUCACCAUUGAACAUCUGAUCGAUCGCAAACAUGGCGUCAGCAACGCAAGUGAAGAGUUUCCGAGAGAUGCUGGGAGAGCCAACACUCACGGCAUCACCCAAGGACAGCACACUGAUCAUCAUUGACGCACAGAAUGAAUACGCCCAAGGCCACCUGAAGACCGUCAACGUCGACCAAACCCGCAAAGCCAUAUCGUCGCUGCUGCAAAGGUAUCGGUCAGGCAGCACCGACGGCAAGAACAUAGUGCAUGUAGUGCACAAGACGCCCGAGGGCGCGCCUGUAUUCACGCCUGGCACGCAUUUGGCCGAGGAAUUUGACGAGAUCAAGCCCCGCGACAACGAGAAGGUGAUUGCGAAGGAACUUGUGAGUUCGUUCUCGGGAACGGAUUUGCAUGAGUAUCUUUCGGGCCUCGGGGAGAGAGGCAAGAAGACGGUGUUGACGGGGUAUAUGGCGCAUGUUUGCGUUAGUAACACCGCCAGAGCCGGUGCGGAUUUGGGUUAUCAGGUUGUGCUGGCGGGGGAUGCCAUUGGUGAUCGCGAUAUCCCUGGAUUGAGUGGGAGCGAGGUUACGGAGGCGGUGUUAAAAGAGUUGGGGGAUGCGUUUGGGACGGUUGUGAGGAGUGAGGAUGUCAAAUAGGUCCAUUCUGGUAGGCAUCGUAUAGACUUCAGGGCUUCGUAGGUAUAUGGAUCGGCAUUGUCCCUGAGGGCCGGAGAAAGCUGUGUG